AUGGUCGAAAAAGCCCUAAAACGUAAGAUAGCUGGGCUGGAAGAUGGGGCUUCUGAGAGUCGAAGGAAGAAGGCCCGCAAAAAGAUGGUGAGUAAAGAUCCUGGUGGUGAAAGUAGCGAAGAUAUCGUGAAAGAAUUUUUAAAAUUAACUGGUGUGAAACAAACCAGACUGAAAGGUGAGAAGUAAAGUUAGAAUAAUACUGAAGUAUAUCAGUUUAUAAUAUAUAAAUUGCAAGAUAAUAUGGAAAUAUGAUAUAGCUAUAAGAUGGUUUUAAGGUCAAAUAUUUGGAUGAAACAAUACAUGCACGAGAGAGUUCUUCAACGAGCAUCAAAAUGUUUGACGUCUUAACUCAUUGAGUCGCAUUGCGCUCUGAUGCGCCCUACUUUAUUAUUUUACUCUGUCUAACGCCAGACGAUUUUACUUGUCAAGGAGUGAGCACUGGCACUUAAUAGGUUAACUGGCCUAUCUGCCCAUUAACCCAUUGAGUCGCAUUGCACCCUGAUGCACCCUACUUUAUUACUUUACUCUGUCUAACUCCAGACAAUUUUACCUGUUAAGGGGAGAGUGCUGGCACUUAAUGGGUUAACUGGCCUAUCUGCCUAGAUGCACCCUACUUUAUUAUAAAUUUUACUCUGUCUACAGACCCUAACUCAUAAACAGCAAGAUAUGUUUCUAUAUCUUGUAUAUGCAGGCAUUCUGGAAUUCCGCGAUUUUGCGGAAUUGUCCAAAAAUUGCGGAAUUCAGUUUAUUAAACUGCAGAGAAUUCCACUAAUUAAUUAAACUUUGGUAAAGUUUUUUUUUAUUGUUCCCUUAAAUUCACAAAACGAUACAUUUGUGUGAUCUGAUACAAGAUGUUUUGUAAAAUUUAAAGCCUUACAAACGGAGGUUUCCUUCAAAGUAGAAGGACUUUCAUUGAUAUAUAUUUAUCAUUUCACUAGCCACUAACAUUUAUUUGCAUUUUAAAUUUUCAAUUUCUAGUAAUAUUCCUGCAACUGCACUUCAGGUUCACACAAUGUCAUUUACGAUAUGUACCUUUGGUUCGUGAAAAAAGUUUGAUAAUGUUUGAUGAAAAUUCAGUUUUCCAUGACCGUAGAUAAAUACAAUUUUAAAACAUUGGCAGUGGCAAAACGUUAGCAAAAAUCCAUGCACUGUGAUUGUUUCUAUUUUGGUUUCUCAAACUUGCUGUCACAUGGUACUUCGAUUAAGAGCCGCAGAUUGAAAAUUAGUAUGGCGCUUAUUCGGGGACUGCUCUCAAACGAGUAAUUACAGUUUUUACAUAGAUGCAGUUUUUUAUGUUGGGACUCACUGUAUGUUAAAUAUGUCAGAUUUCUUGUGAAACCGAGAACUUUUAUUCAGCUUUCUAAUAUAUCAGUUUUACUAUCUAAAUUGAAGUGACCCUACAAUUACUGUUUAUAGCGGUGGAUAUUGAUACUUUGCCUAGAAUGAACAUCUGAAUUUUGUCUUCAGAAUUACUCAUUUUGGUCGCGGAACUGCAAUUGACCUUAAAAAUUCUGUGGAAUUUGCUAUUUUUGUCCGUGGAAUGCCAGAAUGCCUGUAUAUGUGGAUAAUAAUGAAACUGCUGGCAGCUGUAAUAGAUAGCUUCAGUCAUCAGAGACUAUCAAAAAUCACAUUUCUGAAACAUUUCAUUACUCAAUUCACCCAAAAGAACUCCAUACUCAUGGGCGUACGGGAAGGAAAAAAAUAACUUCCCACAAAAUUGACAGAAUUUGCCCCCAUUUAUUUUUAUAAUAAGCCUAUAUUGCCCGACUGUGAAGCGAAUAUUGCCCGACUGGCUUUGUCUGCCCAACAAACUGGGGGGGGGCUGCCCCCCACCCGGUACUCCCAUGUCCAUACUUGCAAAAGUUUGCUGAUGAAAUGUUUUUUACUAGCAAAGGCUAAAAUUUUACCAUGCAUUUUGUGCGUUUGCAAGAGUUAAAUUUGAGGCUUCACCUCAUAGACUCUGGGGGAAUCAGGCUAGAGUCUAUAAUGUAGGCUUUUGAGCUAGGUUUUGGAUAUUAUUGAGAGUGGCAUCCUGUUAUAGGUUUCAAACAAUUCCUGACAACUAUACAGAAUGCAGAAGAAAAACAUGAAAUCAUUUUGAAAUAUGUACAAAGUCGUCCAGAUUGUUCAGAGGUAUUUGAAGUUUUGAAUCAAAGUCCAGAGCAAAGAUCAUUAUUUGAGGUAAUUAUUGCAACAAUGGAAUUCUAGUAAUUUUAUUUUGUAAAACAUUAAUGGAUGGACUGAAUAAUAUUUCAAUAGUGGAUGACCCGAAGCUACAUUAAUUUUACACACUGACACUGUGAUUUGUCAUAUACGAUUGUCAUUCUAGCACACAAAAAUUACUGCUGACAGGGGCGUAACUGGGGGGGGGGGGGUGACACCCCCAAGGGUGAAUUAUUGCAGAGUAAUUUGCUGCAAAGAAAGGCGUUCUUACAAUUUUGUUGGGCAAAUGUGCAGGGCAGUGCUUUGGUAGGGCAAUUAUCGCCAACAUUUGCCCUGCAUCGGGACAAAUAUAUCAUAUAAUCACAUGCACAAAUUUAAAAAGAAACCUCCCAAUUUUGACAAUUUUAAUUUGGGCUAACCGUACAAGCUGUAAUUAUAAGAUUUUUAAGAUGAAGUAAGUACAGUUAUAAAUAGAAGUUUUAUAAAGAGAAAUUACGAGAAGUCAGAAUGCACGAGGAGAAAACAAUCUGCGAAACCAAGAAGCAAUAAAGAUCCUUUUGGACAUCGCUAGAACAUUGGCAAGGCAACAGCUGGCUUUUAGAGGGCACGAUGAAAAGCACAAAAGGAACUUUAUUCAGAUAACAAAUCUCGUUGCAAGACAUGAUAGUCGACUUCAGUCGUGGCUGUCCGACGAUAACAUGAAACCUUAUGCAGUAAAAUACCUAUCACCCAGUUCCCAAAAUGAAUUUAUCUACAUGUAGAAGAUGUUAAGAAUCGUAUUGUAAGGGAUGUCGUUUCAGCUGAAUUGUAUUCGGUCAAGGCCGAUUCGUCUCCGGAUACUUCAAAUACUGCCUCGUUGUGGCAGUAUGUUACGUUGAUGAAAACAACGUGCCUAACGAGAGAGUUCUGGAGAUGAAAGAAACAACAGACAAAACCGCGAGCAAAGGUCAUGCGAAGGAGAUUCUCGACUCUCUUAAAGCACGAAUACCUGGUGGCCAAGAUGCGUUGGUGUAUCAGUCUUAUGAUUACACAACCUCGAUGUCUAGGAUUUUCAAUGGGGCUCAACAAUGUUUGCAGGAGUUGAUUGGACGUAACAUUCCUUAUAUCCCAUGCCAAGGUCAUAGGUAUUAUGUCAAGUGCGAUGUUGAACAUUACUGUACCAGUACUUAGGAAUUAACUAUUUAAAACGUGUCUUUUAAUGUACAUAUACUCUAAUUAGCAUACUGUAUAAUUUUCAAUUUUUAUUUAGGUCGAAUACAUUCAAUGUACUGUACAUUGUUCAAUAGCCUCCAUGUUUGUCUAGAUGUAUAGCUUGCUCGAAGAUCCGGCUCUAUGUAUUUUUCAGCAAAAGCUGUAAACGAGAUACAGUAUUGCGAGAUCACAUGAAACAAGUUGAAAACGCUCUCAAACUACGGAAUCUCGCAAAGACAAGAUGGGUGUACAGAAGUGAAUCAAUUGAAGCAGUAUGGAGUUCUUUUGAAGCCAUAAGAAAUUCCUUAGCGGAAGUAGCAGAGAAAGACAACGACGCAUUGGCAAGAACCAAAGCAGCUUCUCUCCGAAAGAAAAUUGCCAAGUUUGAGUUUGUUUUCGCUAUUAUGUUCAUGAGGCUGAUUAUGAGAAAGACCAAUAUCCUGACUGUGCAGAUGCAGAAGCCAGACCUUAAUAUCCUAGAUGGUCUUGCACUGAUUGAUCAAACUGUUACGUCGUUGGAAAGAAUUCGAAACACCGAAUCUGAAUUAAAUGAUCAAAUAGACGCCAGUGUUGAGUUUGCGAAGACGCUAGGUUCCAAUCCCGCGGACGAGUUUGCUAAAAAGUGUGGUAGAAGAAUAAGCAGACGGUUGAAUGACAGCCCUGAGACGUCGGCGGCCAUUUCACUCCACGCCAGCUAUCGAAAAUGUAUGACUGAAGUCCUUGAUUCUCUCAAUACAUAG